UCGAUAACCAACCGUAGAGGGAAGUGUAGGUGUUCGCUCCAAUUCGAUCCGAUUUGAGUGGUUGUUACUGGAGAACGUAAAGCAAUCUUGGCAUUUAGUGGCCGUUAAAAUAUUUGUAAAACUGUCUUUGUUCUACGUAUUACAUUAUGAACAGUUUGUAGUGUAUUGUUUAUAACAAAUUAUCUCCUAAUAUCCAGUCAGUGACAAUUUGAAAUUGCUACCGUGAUUAUUGUUUUAUUACCAGACUGUUACGAAAAACUUCCUUCUGUUGACAUUAAAUAGAAAGUGUAGAUAAUUUAAGGAAUGGUACACUUGAUUUGAGUAUAUCAUUCAUUGGAUAGUGAAGCAGUCCGUCUUUGAGCUGCUUCGUGGUCGAGUCCGAUGGGGUCUUCUACUCCUCGGGUAUGUCGCCGACGGCAAUGAGACUGGACACAUGUCCGCCCCCGCAGUUGCAGCAUUGUGCUAAGAGCGUAGUCGUUGCCAACGGCGGCGUUUCCGGUCCCGAACUGGAACUUUUGGCCAAACUGGAGGAGGCCAAUCGGCUCUUCGAGUCCGACGCCAAGUCGCUCAAUUCUCUCAGCGGCUCGGCUUCGGCCUCGGGACACUCGAGGAAGAGCUCGGACACCUCCCAAAUAUCACUUAAUUCAGGGACUAGCUCGAUCCAGGAGAAGGGUGAAGAUGGGGGAGGCGAGGAGGACUUGUGGACCCUUUGGGGACACAUCGUGAACGACUGGGACGCGAGCUGGAAGAAAAAUAAUGUACAGAUUAGGGAAUUGGUGCGACGAGGGAUUCCCACUCACUUUAGGGGAAUCGUGUGGCAAUUGCUGUGCAAUGCCACCGAAGCCCCCGAGAAAAAACUUUAUGCGGAUUAUAUUAAGACGAAAUCUCCUUGCGAAAAAGUAAUAAGAAGAGACAUAGCUCGUACAUAUCCCGAACACGACUUUUUCAAAGAGAAAGACGGUCUCGGACAGGAAUCCUUAUUCAAUGUCAUGAAGGCUUAUUCUUUGCACGACAGAGAAGUCGGCUAUUGCCAAGGAUCAGGAUUUAUUGUUGGACUGCUGCUUAUGCAGAUGCCAGAAGAAGAAUCAUUUGCGGUCCUUGUGAAAAUAAUGGAAGAGUAUAGGAUGAGGGACAUGUUCAAGCCCACAAUGGCAGAAUUGGGGCUUUGUAUGUUCCAGUUGGAGCAUCUGGUUUCAGAACAGUUGCCAGAGCUAAGUCAGCACUUUCAUUCCCAAGGCUUUCACACUUCCAUGUAUGCCUCUAGCUGGUUUCUUACCCUCUUCACCACAGCUCUUACUCUGCCCCUUGCUUGCCGUAUUAUGGACGUAUUCCUGUCGGAAGGCAUGGAAGUGAUCUUUAAAGUAGCCCUUGCCAUGCUUACCUUGGGAAAAGAAGAACUUUUGUCACUGGACAUGGAAGGAAUGCUAAAGUUUUUCCAAAAGGAAUUGACGGCCAGAGCCGAGUCUGACCCCGAAGUCCUCAUGCAGACUGCUUAUAACAUGAAGUACAAUGCUAAGAAAAUGAAGAAGCUCGAAAAAGAAUAUCAAGCCAUUAAGACGAAAGAACAAGAAGAAAUGGCUGAGUUAAAGAGAUUAAGGACUGAAAACAAACAGUUGAAAAAUAGAUGCGAAAUGCUCGAAGAAGAAAGUAAGGCUUUGGCUGAUAGACUUGUUAAGGGUCAAGUUAGCAGGGCAGAAGAAGAAGAAACCACAUUUAUAGUCCAGAGGGAGCUAGAUGCCCUGCGACAUACUUAUCUUGAAACUACUCAUCAAUUGGCUUUGGCCAACGAAAAAAUACGAUCUCUGUCUCUCAUGAUGGAAGAAACGCAAACCUCUCGACAGUCUUCGAUAGAAGAGAUGUCAUUGAAGCAGGAGCAGUUGCAGCAACGUGAAGAGAUGAUCCAAUGUUUGCAAGAUGAAUUGGUAAAGGUAAGACUUAGGGAAGCAGAAAACGACGCUCUUAUUAGGGAACUCAGAAGUCGAAUACACGAACUCGAAGAAGACAAGAAAACCUUGAGAGAAACCACUCCUGAUAACAGUGUUGCUCAUCUUCAAGAGGAACUGAUUGCGGUCAAACUUCGCGAAGCUGAAGCCAAUUUAUCCUUGAAAGAUUUGAGACAACGUGUGGCAGAACUUAAUAAUCAGUGGCAACGACAUUUACAGGAGCAUAAGCAAGAUCCAGCCCCUUCAGGUGAAUCGUCACUCUUGAGUACCCCCAAAAAGAAAUUGUUUUGGGAAAGUCGAAACAACGAAAUUAAAAAAUUGGAAGAAGAACUUAUGACUACCAGGAUCCGGGAGAUGGAAACUCUUACAGAAGUGAAAGAAUUGCGACUUAAGGUAAUGGAAUUGGAAACUCAGGUUCAGGUUAGCACCAACCAGCUACGUAGACAAGAGGAUGGAAUCAAGAAACAAAAGGAAUUGUUGGAAAAGGCGGAGCAUAGAGAUAAGGAGGCAGCAGCUCGUCUUCUUGAAGAACAACGACGAUAUGCUGACCUGGAGAGCAAGAUGCAGGAAGAACUGAUGAACGCCAAAAUACGUGACGCCGAAAAAACCCAAGCUGUGGUAGAGUUAACACAAAAAAUUAGUCAGUUGGAACUUAAGAACGAAGAAAUUGCAACAGAAGGUGAACUGAGAAGUCACUCUGUUGAAUACAGUGAACGCGUUAGAGAACUUCAAGACAAGGUAGCUGAACUUCAAGCAGAGGUCAUAAGGUUGGAAUCGUUUAAGUCUCGGUGCGAGUGUACGGCGACACUUCGCCUGCCAACUCAGCGCACAUCGUCAAUGGACAGCAGCGAAGAGGACACGCGCAUCCGCGUCGAUGAUCCUUCGUUACGUUUUCAUCUUCCUGAAUCGCCUACGUUUCCGCCGUCAUCCAAUCUCCUUCCCCAGAGGCGAAGUAGCAGCACCAGUUCCGACGUUGUCGAUCCGAAUAUGAACAACGUCUUGAGCUCGAAAAACGACAACAACGUUAAUAAUACUCUACACGGUGCUGAAGUGUGACCCUUCUUCAUCACCACAUACUCCUUUUUCUCUUUACCCCCCCCCCUCCUCCUUCCUCUUUAGAUUACAGGCUAGUUGUCUUGUAGUUUAUUGUCUAUUAUAAUCGGUGAG